AUGUUCCACCUAUGCUGCUCUUUUUCGCCUACUUCCUGCCCGUGCCCAUCCUCGCCUGCUGCUGCUUCCUGCUCCCUUCUCUCUCCUCCAGGUGCUCGGUCGGCUCCCUCCUCUGUCCCUUCUGCUGCCACGCCUGCCUCAGCAGUCUCAGCUGCCCCCUCUCCCUCAUCCACGUUCAGUGCCGCCAUGGUACCUUCCCGGGAUCCCGUUUCUCUCAUCCGGUAUCCUCUCUGCCCUCUUCUCUUGUGGGACCCCCCGGCGUCUCUCUUCCCAGGCUUCUUGUUCCAGGUGUGCCAGCAGUAUCUCUGA